UCAACAUAGUACCAUAAUAUCCACUAUAUUUGACCAAUUGAACUGGCCGGUCAAACGGCAACAAGCCGAGGCCCAUUUAGAUUACUUUAAUCAGACAGAUAGUAUAAAAGUAAACAUAUAUUUGUCCAAUUUGGACACGAUCUUAAGGUGGAGUUUUGGAGAGAAAGUGCGACACAGUUUUUUUUCUCCUGAAAUGUGGCGAACCUGUGGUUAGAGAAAAGAAAAAAAGCAGAUUGGAGCUCAUUGAACGAUCAACAAGUUUGAGUGUCUGAUGGCGAGAACUACAUGAAUACCCCUUUGGCUACAACAGGAACAGAGGAAGAGCAGCAGCAGAGCCGGCAUAACGUUACAUUUUAAGACUGCAUUAAGUUACCUGCCUGCACACAGUGAAGAGAGGAUGUUGUCCCGGCUGAAUGAGCUGAUAUGGGCGGACUGGAUUUGGUUUCCCGAAGGCCACGGCUGGGCUGAUUUGAAGGACCAUGAUGGCAAAGUCUUCCCUAAACCACGGGACCUCUGGGCUACUGUACCCAUCGCUCUCUGCUUCCUGGUCAUUAGACAGAUAUUCGAGAGGACUGUAGCGAUCCCUCUUGCCUCACUGCUGGGAGUGAGUGACAAGCAGUGUGUUCGUGCUCCUCAUAAUCCCGUCCUGGAGUCCUAUUUCUGCACUACAUCAAAGCAUCCCCCACAGAGCUCCAUAGAGAGUUUAAGUAAACAGACGGGCUGUACGGUGCGACAGGUCCAGAGGUGGUUCAGGCAGCGGAGAAACCAGGACCGGCCCAGCAAGCUCACAAAAUUUCGGGAAGCGAGUUGGAGAUUUACCUUUUACCUUCUUGCUUUCUUUGCUGGCCUGGCAGCCCUUAUUGACAAACCAUGGUUCUAUGAUAUGAAGCUGAUGUGGGAUGGCUUCCCGAAAAUGCCACUUUUGCCUUCACAGUACUGGUACUACAUGAUCGAACUAGGCUUCUAUCUCUCGCUGCUUUUUAGCGUAGCAUCAGAUGUCAAACGCAAG